UUGGCGUCUCCUCCUUCCACAGUUCAGAGUUCCAUUCUUCUUCCCAACUUCAUCUCACCACCAUUGCUGGCCAUCCGAGAGGAAGAGGAGAGAUAGACAGAGGCAGCAACACACACGCAGCUCGAGUGCAUAGAAGAAUGAGGCUUCGUGGAGCUCUUGCUCUGCUUCUGCUCCUCUGCAUCCAUGGCGGCCGUCAAGGAGCAGAUGCCGCGCGAGACGGGUUCGUGAGGGUCCAGGGCACCCGCUUCGUGCUGAACGGCAACCCGUUCUUCGCCAACGGGUUCAACGCCUACUGGCUCAUGUCCUUCGGCGCCGACCCCGCCCAGAGGGGCAGGGUCACCUCGGCGCUGAGCCAGGCCGCCGGCGCCGGCCUCUCCGUGGCCAGGACGUGGGCGUUCAGCGACGGCGGCAGCAAUGCCCUGCAGUACUCCCCCGGCCGCUACAACGAGAACACCUUCCAGGGGUUGGAUUUCGUGUUAUCUGAGGCUAGGAAGCAUGGGAUUAAGAUGAUCCUGAGCCUUGUGAACAGCUACGACAGCUUUGGAGGGAGGAAGCAGUACGUGCAGUGGGCAAGAGAGCAGGGGCAGAGCAUUGGAUCUGACGACGAGUUCUUCACUAACCCUGUUGUCAAGGGCUUCUACAAGAACCAUAUCAAGACUGUGCUGACGCGGGUGAACACGAUCACGGGCGUGGCGUACAAGGACGACCCGACGAUCAUGGCGUGGGAGCUGAUGAACGAGCCCCGGUGCCAGUCGGACCUCUCCGGGCGGACCCUCCAGUCGUGGAUCGCGGAGAUGGCGGCGCACGUCAAGUCCAUCGACGGCGCCCACCUGCUGGAGGCCGGCAUGGAGGGCUUCUACGGCGCGUCGACGCCGUCCCGCGCCGCCGCCGUGAACCCGUCGGGGUACCAGCUGGGCACCGACUUCGUCGCCAACAACCGGGCGCCCGGGAUCGACUUCGCCACCGUGCACGCGUACCCAGACCAGUGGCUGCCCGGCCUGGACGCGCCGUCGCAGCUCCGGUUCCUGGGCGCCUGGCUCGACGCCCACGUCGCCGACGCGCGGGACGCGCUGCGGAAGCCGCUGCUGGUGGCGGAGUUCGGCAGGUCGCGCCGGGACCCCGGGUACAGCGGCGACCAGCGGGACGCGGUGUUCGGGGCGGUGUACGGCAAGGUCUACGAGUCGGCGCGCGCCGGCGGGCCCGCGGCGGGGGCGCUGUUCUGGCAGCUGCUGGCGGACGGGAUGGACUCGUACGGGGACGGGUACGAGGUCGUGCUGGGCCAGGCGUCGUCCACCGCCGGCGUCAUCGCGACGCAGAGCCGGAGGCUGCAGGGGCUCGCCAGGGCGUUCGCGCGCGCGCGCAAGCCCAAGCAGGGGCAGGCGGGCAAGGGCGGCAACUGAAGGCGAUGGACUGCUGCUAAUAAGGUCAAGAUCAGGGCGAUUUGCAGCAGGAACGCGUCUCUUUUUUUUUUAUUGUGCGUUUGGGUUAUGGGUGUGUGUGUGUGGUGAGUUUAAAUGGUGCGCGCGCGUCGACGUCUCCUCGAGAUGAUUUGAAGAUUCAUCCGGGAGCGAAGUGGCGUCCUCCUCCGUGUCUUAGAGGGCAUGCUUUUAAGUGUUCUUGUUGAUCACGGGAGGAGCGAAGUUAUGGUGCAAGGCUGUGGAAGAAGCAGCCUGUGGUAGUAACUUAGUAAGGUUGUCACUUGUGUUAUGAUUUAUAUGAAGGGAUCUUUUGUCCAA